AAAAUCACAGUGAAAAUUAAUUUUCACGAUGAAGUACGCAAUCGUUUUUGCCAUUUUAGUGGCCACAACUUAUAUAGCAUGUACAGAUGCAUGUGAAUGUGGAGGUUUAAAUGAAGUUUAUGGGGAAGGUCCAUCUUGUGACCAAACCUGCGCAAAGCUGGAUCAAUCCUGUUACAUCGUAAAUAUUAAAGCCAAUAAGAGAUGUUAUUGUAUUGAUGGUUAUGCUAGAAAUGAGUGGGGUAUUUGCGUUCCAAAAGCUUUUUGUAGACUCAUAGGAUAAUAAUUAUAAAUCAAAAUGAACGAUGAUUUUAUUUGUACAAAAUAAAUGUUUUUAUCGUCAGAA